AUGGUUUCCCGAAAAAGAGUAUUUGAUUUAUUUAGAACUAUGAACGUAGCUGCAUGCCAAUGUCCAGCUCAUGGAUUUAGAGGAAAUUUUCAAGUUUCGAAUGCAACUCCAACUAAGGACUAUGCUUUUGAGAUUAAAUCCUCGACAGUAAGGUAUGGAUUGGGAGUCACAAGAGAAGUUGGUCAGGACUUGGUCAAUAUUGGUGCUAAAAAUGUUUGUGUUAUGACAGACCCUAAUGUAGUCGCUCUGAGUCCAAUGAAAGCUGUAUUAGAAUCACUAACACGAAAUGGUGUGAAAUACAAAGUAUAUGACAGAGUUCGAGUAGAACCUACUGAUACAAGUUUUAAAGAUGCUAUAAAGUUUGCCAAGGAGGGUAAUUUCGACAGUUUCGUGGCUGUAGGAGGUGGUUCUGUAAUGGACACAGCUAAAGCUGCUAAUCUUUAUUACUGUGAUCCUAAUGCUGACUUCCUUGAUUAUGUCAACCAGCCAGUGGGUAAAGGGAAACCAGUUGGUGUACAGCUGAAACCUUUAAUAGCAAUUCCAACAACUAGCGGUACUGGCAGUGAAAUAACUGGCAUAAGUAUUUUUGAUUUUGAAGAAAUACACGCUAAGACGGGCAUAUCCCAUUUAAACAUACGACCGAUGUUGGCUCUCAUAGAUCCUCUGCAUACACUUACAAUGCCUAAAAACGUGGCCACAUAUUCAGGAUUCGAUAUAUUCUGUCACGCAUUAGAAAGUUUUACUACAAUACCUUACAACGAAAGAGAACCGGCUCCGGAAAAUCCUUCCUUAAGGCCAGUGUAUCAAGGAAGUAAUCCUAUAUCGGAUGUGUGGGCUAGAUUUUGUUUGCAAGCACUGAAUAAAUACUUCCACCGGUCUGUCAACAAUCCUGACGAUAUAGAGGCUCGCUCCAGCAUGCAUCUAGCAGCUACCAUGGCGGGUGUGGGCAUUGGCAACGCUGGCAUACACUUAUGUCACGGUCUGGCAUAUCCUAUAGCAGGAAAUGUUAGAGAUUUUGUUCCGAAGGAUUAUGGUUCAAAGCCAAUGAUACCUCAUGGCCUGGCUGUGUGUAUGACUGCCCCAGCGGUGUUCAGAUUCACAGCUGUGAGUGAUCCUGAGAAGCAUCUUGAGGCAGCUGAAUUACUUGGAACUGAUAUAACUAAUAAAAAAAAGGAAGAUUCUGGCAAAGUACUGUCUGAUAUUAUAUUGAAGUACAUGGACAAAAUGGGUAUUGAUGAUGGAUUGUCAGCUCUCGGCUUCAGUUCUGAUGACAUUCCUAGUCUGGUUAAAGGAGCUUUACCUCAGCAAAGGAUAUUAAAAAUGGCUCCACUGCCACAGAGCGAGGAGGACUUGAGCAAACUUCUGGAGGAUUCAUUGACUAUAUAUUGA